AUGGCCCGGUUGGGGUUUACUUUGCUGGGAUGCCUCCUCUGGCACGCCCUCCCAGCGGAUGCUGCUACCGUGACCCACGACUUCAACAUCACCUGGGUCACGGCAAACCCCGACGGCAUGGCAGAUCGUCCAACUAUUGGCAUCAACGGACAGUGGCCAAUUCCCAUAAUACGAGUCAACAAGGGAGACCGGCUCGUCGUCAAUGUGUUCAACUCUCUUGGCAACCAGUCCACGUCACUGCACUUUCACGGCCUCUUCAUGAGCGGUGCUACUCAUAUGGAUGGACCUGUUUCAGUGACACAAUGUCCCAUUGUCCCAGGGGGGCGCUUCACAUACAACUUCACUGUCGACCAACCCGGAACCUACUGGUAUCACUCACAUAUCCACGGGCAAUACCCCGAUGGCUUGCGGGGUCCUCUCAUCGUCCAUGACCCAGAGUCACCUUUUGCGGACAUGUACGAUGAGGAGGUCGUCAUGACGGUAUCCGACUGGUACCACGACCAGAUGCCCGCCUUGCUCGGCCCUUUCAUGAGCAAGGCGAACCCGACCGGCGCCGAGCCUGUGCCAAAUUCAGCCUUGCUCAACGACACCCAGGACUUGGCUGUCCCGGUGCAGCCGGGCAAAACAUAUCUCUUCCGCAUGGCCAACAUUGGCGCUUUUGCCGGUCAGUACAUUUGGUUUGAGGGCCACAACAUGACCAUCUUGGAGAUUGAUGGUGUGUACACUCAUCCUGCCGAGGCGUCCAUGAUCUAUCUCGCUACUGCUCAGCGAUGCAGUUUCCUCGUCACAGCGAAGAACAAUACCUCCGGAAACUUUCCUAUUGUUGCAAGCAUGGACACGGAUCUAUUUGACACGCUACCGGAGGACCUGAACUGGAACGUAACCGGGUGGUUGGUCUACGACACCGCGAAACCUCUGCCUGACCCCGCCGUUCUAUCCGACCCCUUUGAGCCGUUUGACGACAUGGGUCUUGUCCCGUGGGACAACCAGACCAUCCUCGGCGAGCCAGACCAAACCAUUUCUCUUGACGUCAUCAUGGACAACCUCAGCGACGGUGCGAACUAUGCAUUCUUCAACAACAUCACCUACGUCGCACCCAAAGUCCCAACCCUCUAUACCGUCCUCACCGCCGGCGAGCACGCCACCAACCCUGCUGUCUACGGCACGUACACACAUCCGUUUGUUCUCGAGAAAGGCCAGGUCGUCGAUAUUGUGCUCAACAACCUCGACCCGGGCAAACACCCUUCCACUUACACGGCCAUAAUUUUCAGGUUAUCUGGCGCUCAGCCGACGAGGCCGGCACCUUUACCGAUUCCGACGUCACGGCAGCCGACUUCCCACGCAUCCCAAUGA